AUGUUUCUCAACUUGACUAACCCAGAACUUGCUUAUGCGCCUCUUACAUGUACCUGCAUCUCUCGUGCAGCCCGUCACGUUUCCCCCCUUCACGUUUCUUGCUUUUUAAUUUUCUUUUCUUUUUCUUUUCUUACAUGGACCGGCGGUCUGGAUGUGCAUCCUGCUCGUGGGAGAACCGUCCCAGCCAGCAGGGAAGACGUGUCCAAUAUGGAGUUCACUCACUCCAAUGACUGGGGCAGCUGUGGACAGGAACACUGCAUGAGAAUCGAAGCAGUUCUUCCGGUGCAGCUGAGGCUCGUCAGCUGA